ACCAAAGUGUAUAAGCUGCCUCUGUUCUCCAACCAAAGCGCACGACGUUCUUCCUCAUACAAGAGGAAGAGGUGCACAGGCACUGUGAGUUUGCAUACUCAGAUCCCUGCCUAUAGCUGUUGCCCAAAUGCCAAAAGCUAGCUGAUGGAAUGAUGGCAGCCUAGCUUAAGGCUGAUGGAAUGAUCCCUGCCUAUAUUCUCCAUCGGCAGUAGGUGUUUGUAAUUGAGUUUGAAGAAAUAUUGCUACUCAGACUGGCAGACAAUAGUUAUAGUACUUGCUGAAGGAACUUUGAGCAUAUUCAGAUUCCACAAAGAAGGAAACUCUCAAGUGCAACAAAAUAAUCUGCUCUGCUGCCAGGUACAUCACAUACCACAAAUGGAUUCUGCUAAGCGCCUAGUUGGUUACUACCUAAAAUCUUCCUUGUUUUUAUCUCUGCAUAUAGUUAACCACGGUCAGUUGAGCAAAGAUGCCUGGCCAUCCAUGCAUGAUGGUCACUACAGCACGACAGUUUGUGAUGGUGCUCAUGGUGGCUUACAGUGUGCAGACCAUGAUCUGUAGUUCUUUGCAUGGAAACGAGACCGAUCGGCUGUCGCUACUUGAAUUCAAGAAGGGGGUCAUGCUUGACCCACAACAAGCCUUGAUGUCGUGGAACGAUAGCACCCACUUCUGCCACUGGGAAGGUGUCUCGUGUGGGACGACAACCAUCCCUCCUCGUGUUAUUUCGCUCAAUCUUACAAAACGAGGUUUAGCAGGGCAAAUAUCUCCUUCUCUUGGAAACCUUACAUUUCUACAGUCUCUAUUCCUACCAAAUAAUUCAUUCUCCGGAGAGAUCCCUCCAUCCCUUGGUCAUAUGCAUAACCUCCAAACCAUCUACUUGAAUUUUAACAGAUUGCAAGGAAGGAUACCUAAUCUUUCCAACUGUACCAGCCUAAUGAUGCUUCGGCUGGUUGGGAAUAAUCUAGCUGGUAAAUUUCCUAAUUUACCUAGUCAUCUGCAAGAGCUGCGCCUCUCUGGCAAUGAUCUCAUUGGAACCAUCCCUUCUUCUCUUGCCAAUAUUACAACACUAAGAGGUAUCACUUUCACGUUUAAUCACAUUGAGGGCAAUAUCCCAAAUGACUUCUCAAAGCUGCACAAGCUGCAGGUCCUAUUAGGGGCUGUCAAUAAGUUGACGGGCACGUUCCCACAUGCCAUCUUAAAUCUUUCUGCUCUCAAUGUUCUUACCCUUGCCUUCAAUUAUCUAGGUGGGGAGGUACCAACCUACCUCGGUAACCAUCUCCCUAACCUCCAACUUCUUGGAUUGGCUGACAACUUCUUCCAUGGGCAUAUUCCCUAUUCAUUGAUAAAUUGUUCUGAGCUGCACUACGUCGACAUGUCAAGUAAUAAUCUUACUGGUGUAGUACAUAGUACCAUCGGCAAACUUAACAAACUGUCCUACUUGAAUCUUGAAUUCAACCACUUCCACGCUCGUAACAAGCAGGAAUGGGAGUUUAUGAGCAGCUUAACCAAUUGCACCGAGCUACAGAGUUUCUCAAUGAAAGGGAAUCACCUACAAGGAAAUGUACCAAAUUCAUUGGGAAACCUUUCUGAUCAGCUUCAGAAUCUCCUUUUGGGAACAAAUAAAUUAUCAGGAGGUUUUCCUUCUGGCAUAGCAAAUCUGCGAGGCCUUUUCAAAUUAGGGUUAGAAGAAAAUCAGUUUACAGGUGUUUUGCCAGAAUGGCUUGGAACUCUGCACAAUUUACAAGGAAUAGAGCUAGCUAACAACUCCUUUACAGGGGUUAUUCCAUCAUCCCUUGCAAACUUAUCUCAGCUGAUAGAACUCUUUCUAGAAUCUAACCAUUUAUAUGGAAAUAUACCCCCAAGUUUGGGAAACCUUAAGGUCCUUGAAAAAUUGAGCAUUUCCAACAACAAUCUUCAUGGCAGCAUACCAAAAGAGAUCUUCAACAUUCCUACAAUAAGUCGAAUUGGGUUAUAUUCCAAUAAACUAGAUGGUGCACUUCCUAUAGAAAUAGGACAUGCCAAGCAACUGCUGUAUCUGCUAAUUUCAUCAAAUAACCUAUCUGGUGUCAUCCCUGAGACACUCGAUGGCUGCGAAAGUUUGGAAGUCAUCGAGUUUGAUCAGAAUUCUCUUAGUGGAAGAAUUCCAACUUCAUUAGGAAACAUAAGCAACUUGGAGGUGCUUACUGUGUCUCACAACCACUUAUCUGGAUCCAUACCGAAGUCCAUUGCUGCUCUGAAAUACCUUCAACAACUAGAUAUGUCAUUCAACCGUCUUGAUGGUGAAGUUCCAGAAGAAGGUGUCUUCAAGAACACAACUGCCAUACGCAUCGGCGGAAAUCAUGGGCUCUGUGGUGGAGUCCUAGAGCUACACCUACCUGCAUGCCCUGUUACAAUUUCAAGCCCGUCCAAGCACACUUGGCCACUAUGUUUCAAAGUGAUGAUUCCACUAGCUAGCAUGGUGCUACUUGCCGGUUUCGUGUCCAUGCUACUUUUCUGGAGGAAAAAACAAAGGAGAGAAUCGAUGUCUCUACCUUCUUUUGGUAGAAAAUUUCCCAAAGUUUCUUAUGAUGAUAUCGCCAAAGCAACUGAAGGGUUCUCCUUGUCCAACGUAAUCGGCAGUGGAAGGUACAGUUCGGUAUAUAAAGCCAAACUGUUUCGAGAUGGAAAUGUGGCUGCUGUGAAGGUCUUUGCUCUCGAGACAAGGGGAGCACAAAAAAGCUUCAUCACAGAAUGCAAUGCUUUGAGGAACGUGCGGCACCGCAAUCUAGUCCAUAUCCUUACUGCAUGCUCUAGCAUUGAUCCUAGAGGAAUCGACUUCAAAGCACUAGUCUAUGAGUUCAUGCCACAAGGGGACUUGCAUAAAUUUCUACACUCUGCUCGGGGUGACGAAAGCUCUUCAGAUUCGAACUGCAUUUCACUGGCUCAAAGGUUGAGCAUCGUGGCAGAUGUAUCAGAUGCAGUGGCGUACCUUCACCAAGAGGGUAUAGUUCAUUGUGAUCUGAAACCUAGCAACAUUCUCCUAGACGAUGAUAUGGUAGCUCAUGUUGGGGACUUCGGACUGGCAAGGUUGCCGAUUCAUACCACAACAUCGUCUUCUGAAUCAACUUCGACGUCUUCGGUUGCAAUAAAGGGAACCAUAGGAUAUGUUGCUCCAGAAUGUGCAGGGGGCAGUCAGGUUUCAACUGCUGCGGAUGUUUACAGCUUUGGAGUCGUCCUCCUUGAAGUAUUCAUCCGAAGGAGGCCAACGGAUGCCAUGUUCAAGGACGGAUUGAGCAUUGAAAAGUUUGCAGAGAUCAACUUCCCCCAUAAAGUGCUGCAGAUUCUUGACCCAGAACUGCUGCAGGAGCUGAACCUCUGCCGGGAAACUCCGAUGGAUGCUGUCGAGAAAAAUGGAGCGCAGAGUCUCAUUUCUGUGAUUAGUAUUGGGCUGUGUUGCACCAGGUCGUCCCCAAGUGAGCGCAUCAGCAUGCAGGAAGUGGCUGCCAAGCUGCAUGGGAUCAGAGAUGCGUAUCUCUUUACACAAGAUUGAGACGAAAGCUAGAUAAGGAUUUGUCUAUAUAAUUUAUAUGUCAAAUAUAACAACGAGUGUUUGCCUUCUCUUACUAUAUUUGGUCCUUUGUUUGCUCGAAAUGAGAAACUAAGCAUGUAACCGAUUGGGAAAGAAUGGUACUAGUAUUUCUUGGUAAAGUUUUGAUAUUACUUUUCCCAAA